AUGCAAGCAUCCAAGGGCGAGUCCGGUACUGCGCUGAGCAAGCCGAGCAAGAACAUCGAGGCUCAACGCCAGUCUAGCAGAGUUCACGUCGAGUUUGUCGCUGACGGUGUCUUCGCCGCCGAGCUCAACGAGUUCUUCACUCGUGAGCUCUCCGAGGAGGGAUACUCUGGUUGCGAGGUCCGUGUCACGCACGCCCGCACCGAGAUCAUCAUCCGCGCCACCCACACCCAGGAGGUUCUUGGUGACAAGGGUCGCCGCAUUCGCGAGCUCACCGCUCUCGUCCAGAAGCGAUUCAAGUUCCCCGACAACUCGCUCGAGCUGUACGCCGAGAAGGUGCAGAACCGCGGUCUGCACGCCGUCGCCCAGUGCGAGUCUCUGCGCUACAAGCUGCUCGGUGGUCUCGCCGUUCGACGUGCCGCCUACGGUGUCCUCCGCUUCGUCAUGGAGUCCGGUGCCAAGGGUUGCGAGGUCGUCAUCUCGGGUAAGCUGCGUGCUGCUCGUGCCAAGUCGAUGAAGUUCACCGACGGUUUCAUGAUCCACUCCGGUCAGCCCGUCAAGGACUUUGUGGACGAGGCUGUUCGUCACGUUCUCAUGAAGCAGGGUGUUCUCGGUAUCAAGGUCAAGAUCAUGCAGGGCUGGGACCCCGAAGGACGUGCCGGCAAGCCUUUCCCGCUCCCCGACGCCGUCACCAUCCUCGAGCCCAAGGAGGAGGCUCCCAUCCUCGCCCCCGUUUCCGACGCAAACAUCACCAAGGUGAUCGCACGACCCGAGGGAGACUCGUACGAAGAAAACCUGAUCGACUGCUGCCGCAACGCAUCCGGAAGUCAAACAUGGGAAAAAAGAGCAAGCAGAGCCAAAGCGAGGAAGAAAAACGAGCUUGCAGACGAGCAGUCUCUGGCAAGACGAAUACAAAUUCGGGUGAUUUUGAAGUCAAAUCGUACUGUAGCCGUGAAAUUGUAUUCGAAGCGAAGAAAGGCAAGCGCAGAUUCUGGCUUGAACAAGGAGAGAGAAGAAGAGCGCCGUUCUCUGAGGUUGCAAAUUGAACAGAAGAACAGCAAGAUGGCAGACGAGCCGACAAUGGCUCUUGGGAGAGUGAGGAGGAGGAGGGAGAGCACAGCAGAGCCAGCAAAAGCAAGCAAGCAACAGCGUUUGGGCUUGGCCGUUGCUCGUCGUCGGUUCGUGAGCGGUUCCUACUACGGAAAGUACGUUUCAUGCUUUCGGCGGCACCAGCAUCUUCGACAGCAGCAGCAGCAGCAGCAGCACCAGCAGCACCAGCAGCGAACGUUUUGGCAGACGUGGUUCCGACAAUGCGCCUCAACUUGCGGAAUAGCUAUGAUUGACGGCGCUUCGCAGAGCAUUGAUGCUCGCAGCUCGCUCUUCGACUUCAGAGACUGCUCGAAUCUACGCCUGAAAGGAUCAAAGACGACCGUACGCAAUGUCGGUCGCAAACAAGAACCCUUUCGCCAUCCUUGGUGGCCUGCGUACCACUACAUCUACGAGCGACGCAAAUACUGA